AUGGAAACUGAUUGGAUACUAAUUUAUUUCGUUAAUUUGGUGUGUGUUUCAGCUGUCUUCAAAGAUGUAGUCUACAUAAUGGACAAAUCUGGGAGUGUGAAGGAGACAGACUUUGAUGAAUCCGUGGACUUUGUGUACAACGUCACAGAGUACUUAGCAAUCGGUUCAUCCGACAUGCAAGUCAGUAUAGUGGUGUUUUCCUCUUCUUAUACCGAGGAAUUUGAUCUUAAUGAUCAUACAGCAAAAUCAGACCUACUGAAUGCCAUAAAGAACUUACGUGGCACAAGAACCACAGGGAGAACCUACACGUAUGACGCAAUUGAUUACGUCAGAGAAUAUUCGUUCAGGUCUGCAAAAGGGGGAAGAAGUGGAGCCAGUAGAACAGUUGUGAUUCUAACAGAUGGAUUGUCCAAUAGCAAAAGUCGAACAAUAACAGCUGCAGACAACCUUCGGACCGAAUUAGGUGCAGAGGUGUUCGCUAUAGGAAUUGGGUCAACAUUGUCAAGGUCAAAUGAAGAAUUGAAGGGAAUUGCCAAUGACCCUGAUUCUUAUUAUGUCCACUAUAUUGAUACCUUUGUCUAUCUUUGUAGUCUCGUUCCAGCUUUGGUUCCAAAACUUGACAGUACCGUGACCCCUACCUUACUCGCUGAUUGUCCUACCCCGCCAGCCACAACCCCUGACCCCUCGCUUACAACAUCUAUAAAAACUACUGUUACAUCUACAACAUCAACUACAACAAGUACAACAAGUACGACAACAAUUGCUGAUACAACAACAGAAAGAGAUACCACUAUAACAUUACAAACAACAGAAACGACAGUACAGACACAAAAUACAGGUAACAGUUCAUAUUCCUCUUCUGUUGGAAGUGGAUCAAGUAACACGGCGGCCAUUGCAGCAGGUGCUGUGCUGGGAACUCUUGCAGCUGCAGCUACUGUUACUGCCGCAACUAGUCUUCUACGACGUUGGCAUCUACCAAUAAAGGAUGACCCAGUGGUUCUAGCUGCAGUCGAACAGUACCAACAAGCACCUAUAGGACCCUCCAAGCCAAUAUUCAAUAUUACAUAA